ACCGGAGAAUUCACCCUGCAUUUAGGGGACACGUGCAUUCUCAACCGACCUCACCUCAUUCUUGUUAAACUGGGUGGGUAUCAAGGUUUCAACUGGCAUGAGAGCAUAUUUGGGCUUCGGUAUCCAACAAACAUGCCUGAAGAUGACACAUAAGGGAAAGGAGGGGCAACUGCUUCAGUUUGAGAAACAACAAACAAACUCUUGCCAUCCUCGCCAUAUCUUCACCUAUACCAUGAUGGCAUUAACGGGCUGCAAAAGAUGUGGCAUCGCAGCGAUCUUGUCGCUCGCAUUAUGCCAGUCAGCUGCGAGUACUUCUGGUCCGACAGACAGCCUAUUCACUUUCAGCUGUUUACCAUUGACAACACAACGGUCUGAUCCGAUUAUAUCUCCGGGAAAGCCUUCCUCACACACGCACGUCGUUGUAGGGGGCACAGCUUUUCAGAGGCUGAUGACAACCGAGACUGCUAAAAAUGCCAACGACACAACCUGUGAGGUUGCGAUAGACCGGAGCAAUUACUGGAUUCCACAAUUAUAUCAUCAGACGCGAGAUGGGUUUGAAACAAUCGAAUUUGAGAACAGCGCAAUAUAUUAUUUCAACAGAGCAUGCGAUUAUUCCCCCAACGCAACAUCUUGCGAUGGUACAGAAUACCCGCUGGCGCCACCCCCCGGCCUGCGCAUCGUUGCUGGAGAUUUAUUUCUCCGAACGUAUAACGAGACGAACUUCGCACAGCGGGCCAUCUCCCAUAUGUGUAUGAAGGAUGAUGGGACUUCAAGCGAAACAAAACAUCUUCCCCAGCAACCAUGUCUGAAAUUGAGAUCGCAAGUGUUUUUCCCCUCAUGCUGGGAUGGAAAAGCUCUCGAUAGUCCAGACCAUCAGAGCCACAUGGCCUAUCCCGCGGUUGGGGAUUAUAAUCAGGGUGUUUGCCCGGAGACCCAUCCGGUGGCUGUGUAUUCGAUAUUUAUGGAAUUCUUCUUUAACACGAAACCCUUUCCUGACUAUGAGAAUUGGGUGUACGCUAUGGGCGAUCCAACAGGAUAUGGUCUGCAUGGAGACUUUAUCAACGGCUGGACAGACCAGAGCGCACUGCAGAACGCUAUGGCGACAUGUACGGGCCUGGAGGGGCUAAACGAUCCGGAAUGUUCGAUCACAAACAACCAAACAAGGGCACUGACUCCAAUCGCACAUUCUUUGGAUGCACCUCCACCGUUGGAGCAAUUGGGCCAGCAUGGGCCACUUGCCAAAUUACCAGGGAAUAAUCCGAUAACAGGAUCACACGGGCGGUAGUGACUGAGGUGACACUGAGGUCUCUGCUUGACCUCCUGCAAAUAGCUUCAAGACCAUUGCAUGCUUUGAAAGAGGAGAUCUUGGUUGAUAAUGCAAUAACACAUCCCGAAGAUCCAUACUGGGCAGCGCAACUGGUCGUAUGAAUCCACUAACCCUAUGCACCUGCGUUGUGAUCGCUCUUCGGGCAUCCCAGGCUGUAUGAGAACAAGUAGAUUGCUUCAAUCCAGGCCACAUCACUCGCCAGAGCUGUGCAGAAUAUGUGCUGUAGAUUAUUAAUGAGUUUUAGCCCCAAUAGCACAGU